ACUCCUCUAGUGAUAGCUUCGGAUUUCUUUGGUAGUUCACAUAAUUCAAUCGAAGAGGAGAGAGAGAUAUUUCUUAAGAUCCUUGGUGAGCAGGUUGCUGAACCUUUACGGGCGCAAAUAACGGGAGCUCCUUUGGAGGAUGCUCGCCACUUGACUCAUCGUUAUGAUAAACUGCGUCAGGAGGUGGAAGCCCAGGUGGCCGAAGUAUUGAGGCGUCGGCUGAAAUCCAGGGGCUCUGUAUCUGCAGAGAGUUCUGUGAAGCUUCAGAAUGCAGAAGCAAGAUUGAUAGAACUUAAAUCUACAACAGUGGCACUUGGGCGAGAAGCAACUGCUGCAAUGUUGUCAGUUGAGGAGCAUCAGCAACAGAUGACUUUCCAUAAGCUUUGUACCAUGGUAUUGUUACUAAUUUUUUGUGAGAACUGCACUUGCUGUUACAUCUUGGUUUCCACUUAUGGAUAUAAAUAGAUCUAUUCUCUAUGU